AUUAUAUCACUUUGUUCCUGACUUGAUUAGCACUAAUUGGAGGAAAAGUAGAAAGAUUCAGCAUGAAUAGCGUUAUAGCUGAUAUUGUUGAUAUUUAUUCUCUUCCCGACUUUGGUCCGGGAUGCUUCGAACUGUCUGAUGAUGAAAUUAUCGACUCCGACUUUUUAACAGACAUUAGUUUAUCACCUCUGGACGUGGAUCAAAUAGACAAUAUGAAACAAGAAGCGGUGGAGGAAGAAGAGGACGAAGAAGAAGAAGAGAAUGAAGACGUUGUCGAAAUAAAAGUUGAAGAGAUAAAGGAAGCAAUAAAAAAAUCUACAACCAAAAGGAAACGUCAAAGAAAGAGAGCUUGUAAAGGAACACCCGAAUAUAUUCUAGAGAGGAAGAAGAAUAACGAUUCGGUAAGAAGAUCAAGAAUGAAAAAGAAAGUUCAAGAGCAAGAGAAGGACGAAGAAAUUAUAAGACUUCGUAGAAGAGUAGAUAUUUUGGAAAGCGUUAUUAAAAUAUGUGGUAGUUGUACAAAAUUAGUUGAAUUAAAGAGUAAAUUCAAUAAUCUUUGA